CUCGUGCGCGUGUGCGCUCCGCGCAAGUUCGCCUGGCGGAUCUUCCGCCGCUUGAUGAGCUCACAAUUGAGCUAUGAUGUCAGCGUGCGCGCCGCGGACCUUGCUCCUCCUCCAGACCUUCGCACGCCAACGCGCGGCAACUGGGGGAUCAGGACGGCUGUUUUCACGCGCCACCUUUCGACAGGAGGCGCUGCUCAGGCGGGUCCUUUCCCGCCCCAGGACCCGGCCCCUGCCCCGCCCCGUAUUUGUGCGGCGCCAGCUGGCCAGGCCGAUUCCAGCGCAGAGGCUGGACUUGUAGGCGCAGCAGCUCCGGAGGCGAGCUGGGGACGCGACCAGGGCUAUGCUGGGCAAGGAUUACAUGCUGGCCAUCAUUCUGGUCAACUGCGAUGAUGACUUGUGGGGGGACCAGAGUCUGGAGGGGGAGCCAGGUUUGCCCCCUGGCUGGAGGAAGAUCCGCGAUGCUGCAGGUACUUAUUAUUGGCAUGUACCCAGCGGUAGCACCCAGUGGCAGCGCCCAACCUGGGAGUCAGGAGAUGCAGAGGACCCAGGCACGAAGACGGAGGGAAUUUGGGGACUUCGGCCCCCCAAGGGGAGAUCCUUCUCCAGCCUGGAGAGCUCACUGGACCGGAGUAAUUCUCUGUCCUGGUAUGGUGAAGAAUCCUACAUCCAGAGAAUGGAGCCAGGGGCUAAGUGCUUCGCAGUCCGCUCUCUGGGCUGGGUAGAAGUACCUGAAGAGGACCUGGUACCAGGGAAGAGCAGUAUUGCAGUCAAUAACUGCAUCCAGCAGCUGGCCCAGACUCGUAGCCAGAGCCAGCCCCCGGAUGGUACCUGGGGCGAGGGCCAGAACAUGCUGAUGAUCCUGAAGAAGGAUGUGAUGAGCCUGGUGAAUCCCCUGGACCACAGUCUGAUCCACCGCCAGCCUCUGGUGCACAUUCGUGUAUGGGGUGUGGGCAGCUCCAAGGGCCGUGACAGCCCCAUCUCUGACCCUGCCAGGGACUUCGCUUUUGUGGCGGGUGACAAAGACAGCUGUAUGCUCAAGUGCCAUGUGUUUCGCUGUGACGUCCCUGCCAAGGCCAUUGCCAGUGCCCUACACGGGCUCUGUGCCCAGAUCUUGUCAGAGCGAGUAGGGGUCAGUGGUGAUUCCCCUUGCUGCUCACUAGACCCCAUCUCCCCUGAAGACCUGCCUCAACAAGUGGAGCUACUGGAUGCGGUGAGCCAGGCUGCUCAGAAGUACGAGGCACUGUACAUGGGGACCCUGCCAGUCACCAAAGCCAUGGGCAUGGACGUGAUGAACGCGGCCAUUGGUACCCUCACCACCCAUGGGGACCGGGACGCCUGGGUCCCUGCCAUGCUCAGCAUAUCUGACUCUCUCAUGACUGCACAUCCCAUUCAGGCAGAGGCUGGUGCAGAGGAGGAGCCACUGUGGCAGUGCCCUGUGCGCCUCGUGACCUUUAUUGGUGUUGGUCGUGACCCACACACCUUUGGCCUCAUUGCCGACCUGGGCCGUCAGAGCUUCCAGUGUGCGGCCUUCUGGUGCCAGCCCCAUGCAGGGGGACUCUCCGAAGCUGUGCAGGCUGCUUGCAUGGUUCAGUACCAGAAAUGUCUUGUGGCCUCUGCGGCUCGAGGCAAGGCCUGGGGUGCCCAGGCCCGUGCCCGCCUACGACUCAAGCGGACCAGCUCUGUGGACUCCCCUGGAGGUCCCCUGCCCCUCCCCCUGCUCAAAGGAGGGGUUGGGGGUGCAGGGGCAGCCCCUCGAAAGCGGGGCAUCUUCUCUUUUCUUGAUGCCUUCCGGCUGAAACCCUCUCUGCUCCACAUGCCCUAAAUUAAUCGGGGAGGACUGGGUAAGGAGGUUCUGGGUCCAUGCCCGACUCUGUACCCCUUCAUUCCCCAGGGACCUGCAGCCUCUCGCCCCUUGGAGCCUUCUCUGCUUUCCCCACUGACCCUUGCCCACCCUCUAUUUAUUGCCCAAUUUAUUGUUUAUAUGGAUGAUUGAGAGGCCCUGUACCACAGCCUAGGCCCCGGGCUCUCCUCUCCCUGGGUCCCUGUGUUCCUUGCCCCUGUCCAGCCCUGGACAGUUGGCUCUACCUCAGCAACACUUUAUAGCAAAAUCGGUACAAAUAAAAAUCCCUCAGUGACCUCA